AUGGAACCCAUCGUUAAGCGGGCCCGCUUCGAUGCCGAAGCCGUCAUCAUCAAGGGGACGUGGUCAUGCACCCCUGAACAAAUCCUCACUAUCGACCAGGCCGUCGUCGACGCCCACGAGUUCGCAAACGAAGCUCUCACUGCGCUCAAGAACCCCAAUGUUCUGAGCUCACCGGCCUAUUACAACUGGUUCGGGUCCGACGCCGGCGAUGGCCCCUCAGUUGCUACCCUUCGAGACAGACACUACCAAGUUGUCAUCGACUCCCUCAAGCCCCCCAGCGUAGAGACCGCCUUCCGCUUCAAGCCAGAGCCCUUCUUCCCUCCCAAGACUGUCACGGAGAACAGUCUCGUCUUUGGUUGCUCCGGAGCCACGGGCCCCUGCGCAAAUGGCGCCAUGGUAGCGGGCGUGAACAGCGCGACGGAGAGUCAACCAGCCGUGUUUGGUACCACCAUGCUGCUUCUAUGUGAAACCUUCUUCGAUACUACGCGUGCGUCAAACAAGAAGAUGAUUGAGAACUGGAGGGCCGAGGGCUCUGUUGGGGAUAUGUCGCGCGGCUUCGCCUUGGUACACGAGGUCCAGCACAUGCUUAUCGCCACGGGAGACGGCGAAAGAGCUGAUGAUCUGAACAACCCGUUCUUUAGCAUCGUCGACGAUAGAUCUGAGGAUUGCUACUCUGCCAACUGCUGCGCUCGUUUGUCUGCGGCCGAGAAGGCCAAAAACGCGCAGAACUACGCCAUCUUCGCCCUCGACGUGACGGCGUUUCCCAUUACGAAUGAGCAACCCAAUGCUUGCCAAGCGCCUGCCCGACCAUCUACGCUGGCUAAGGUGAGACGGCAAAUAAGCUUCUCCAACUCGACCAUGUCGUCCAGACCACCAUCGUCGUCCGCUUCAGCCACGCGCACUCCCAUUCCGCCAGUGCACCCUAGCUCAACUUCGCAGCCACCUGCCUCGAGAGUCUCUUCUGCCAGGCCCUCAUCCAGCGCCGAAGUCGUCGAAGUCUCCGGCGCCGUCGCUGUCAUUAUCCCCGUCGGCGCAGUCGCAUUCGGCGGUCCGGGUGGCGGCCUCGCCAACUUCGGCGGUGUGAUCGUCCCCGUCCCUGAAGGCCAGACCGUCAGCGACCCGUCCAAGGACCCUAAACCCUCGGGCGAUGCUCCAUCAACCACACCCAGACAGCCGAGCACCACCAGCUCGGCGCCUGCCACAAGCUCCAGCUGCGCGCCCCCGGCACAGAAAUCGUACGGCCCAGCGGUCGAGAAGGUCUGCGAGGACUGGUCCGGCAUGAACCAGACGGCCUUCUUGGGACUCAUGGACGCGGUCCCCGUGGUCGACUGGGAGGGCGCCCCCGUCGUGUCCACUACGUCCAUCUUGGAGACUGUGGAGCCGUCUCCCACCUCGCUGGUCGAGGUCAUCACCACUGUUGCACCUGCGCCGCCGACCACCACCUCCUCGGAGCCAACCGUCGCGCCCGUAGCGUGUUAUAACUUUGACAUAAAUGCUUACGGAUACUGCUGUCCUGGCCCUGGUAACCCAUGCGAGAAUGACCUCGGCAAAUGUUACUUCAACGGGGAGGGUGUCUCUGGCGGAGCUAGUGGGAUCGUGCCCGAUGGCGCGAGAUGCCCUCCGCCCCCUGGCGCUGAGUACUGCAGGGGGCCCUGCGAAGAGUGA